CUUGGUAACCGCGCACAGUUAAGUAAUGAACACCGGCAAGACGUGAAGCAUAGCACGCGUACUCGCAAGAGGAGAGAGUUGACAUGUGGUUCGAGCGGUUCACCUCUUUCUCUAUUCUUCUAUUCUACUUCUCUUCUCAGAGUCGGCUUGUAUCAAGUGCUUUGAGAGAAUGCAACAGACCUCUGGGUUUGCAAGAUGGAAGAAUUUUAAAUUCUCAACUGUCAUCUCCAUCACACUUUGAACACCUUUACAUUGGAAAUGGAAAAAACGUGAAUCUGAAAGCUGAGUUUGCACGUUUGAACAAUUCCUUAGCUUGGUGUUCACCUUCCACCAAGAAUUCUGACAGCACUUUCAUUGAAAUAGACUUGCAUCAACAAGUGAAUAUCAGUGGUAUUGCAACUCAAGGAUUCAUGGGCAUAAAUGCUUAUUAUGUGAAACAGUAUAAAGUGGCCUACAGCAAGGAUAGAAUCACAUGGAAGUUAUCAAAAAAGACGUGCAGUUGAGACCUGAGCCAAGUUCACCUAGACGAGGCUUAGGAGGCAUUGCAAGAAACAUGGCGUCGAAGUUAAACAUCCACCGUUGCGUACCAUUGUACACACAUAGAGGGCGUGUUGGACCAAAAGGAGAACAAAUUGGAUUCUUUAAGUUUCCAGACGAAGAGGAAGUGAAGAAAUGAUGGAUACAUGCUAUAUGUAGAGAUGUUGGUAGAUUUUUUCGCAUCUCCGGGGCAUCAAAAGUGUGUUCGUUACAUUUCAAGCUUAGUGACAUAUCAAAGGGUCUUGGUGAAAAAUGUCUCUGAAGACAAGAGCAGUUCUGUCGAUAUCUGCUUGGAAACAAACUUCAUCACGAAAGCAGCCGCCCCCUACCAAAAGGCCUUAUCAACGACAGGGAAAAGAGAGGAAAUCUGUCCCAGAAAGAGUCUGUUUUCAGUGUCUUUGGAGCCCAGCAAAACACCUGAAGCAGCAAACGAUAUUCCUGAAACAGGUACUAACGAAACCACUAUUUUAGGAGUCGCCAGUACCAGAAAAAGAUCUUAAUGGGACCGUCAAACAAUUAAGGCUACUUGGAAAAAAAUGCGCAGAUCUUGAAAACGCAGUUGCAGAUCUGGAAGACAAAAUUCAAGCGCUUCAGUCAAACGUCUUCUCACUUGGUUGGUUUACCUCUGAUGAGGCAUUGUUGUUUUAUACAGGCUUUCCUAACUACAAAGCAUUCUUGGCAUCCUUUGAAUAUUUAGAUCCGGGAGAUAAUGGAGAAAAUGUCAGAUACUGGUUGUCAGGUGAAAAUGAGAUACCCUCAGAACACUGUGUCUCCACCUCAGUUAGGUGUAAAGAGGGGUAGACCAAGAUCACUCAAACUACAAGAAGAAUUUUUUCUCACUUUGUGUCGCUUGAGACAGAGAUUUGCAGAAACCCACCUUUCACACCUC